GUAUCUUCGUGCUCUUUUCUCUGCACCCAACACAAAACACGCAACUAAAUUUCGUUAAAAAACAAUCAAAAACAACACAAAAUGGACUAGUUUCGUAUCUAAACCCUUUACUCGGCCGAGUAGUACCCAAGUGAAGUGGAUUUUCCCAUGGAAAUUGUUUUCAUAAGCAUUUUUUCGUAAGCGCUGCCUGUGUGCCUCUGCACUGCCUUUGCCUUUGCUUCUGCCUCUGUUCGCACAGCAGAAUUACUAGUUGCUGUGUGUGUGCGUGUGUUCGCGUGUGUUUGUGAUUUCGCGUACGUUAUUAUAUGUUAAAAACUAAACUUAAUUAAAUGUGAAGAAGGGAGGAGAGGAGUGCAUCGGCAAUCAUUGAAAAUGCAACAUCUGACCGCCAACGAAAGAGCAUUAGCAGCAACAACAACAGCCGCAGCAGUAGCAGCAACCCCAACACCAACAAAUUACUACACAUUACUACACUACAUUUGUGUCCGUGUGCGUCCGUGCGUGUGUGUUUCUAUGUUCGUAUUGAAUAAUGUUUAAACAUUUUUGGAUUUUGUAGCAGAGAAUCGGCCUAGCAAUUAAUCGAAGAGCAGCCAACUAAAAAAAUAAUUCUAUCAAUCGCCUCAAACAAAAAGCAAUACAACUAAAACAAACAUAAAACGACAAAAAAAAUGGGACAACACCCAAAAUACAGCAACAAAAAGUUAAACAUGUAGUUACAACACAAAAACAAAAAGGAAAGAAAAGAAAAGCAAAGCAAAGUUUAUUACGAAUCGCAUUAACACAGAAGUAGCCAUUAGCUUUACAGAGAAAAAAAAAGAAGAAAAGAAGCAUAAACUUUAGAGAGCCUAUAAAAGUACGCCUUCCAAUAGUUAUUAUUAUAUACAAGCAUUAUAUACAGCCUAUAUACAUACAUACAUAUUACUUAGCCAUAGCACAUACAAUUUCGAUAUGGAUGGUAUAUACAACAGGAGGAGGAGCAGGCUGAUGACGACUCGUGGCGGAGAAUCGUGGUUAAAGUGCGUUAAAGUACAUUCUAACGGUGCAAUCAAAUCUUAUUAAAUAUAGCCACACACGAUCAUAGUAUAUAGAAUACAAAUAUAUAUAUAUUUCUUAUAUCAAAUACUCUAAACAAUUUUUACAAUCCGCUUGAAAAAUCAAAUCAACAGCAAACGCAAUUACUUUAGUAAAAAAUUACUUUAAACAAGAACAAAGAAAACAAGCAAAGAAACAAAUAAGAAAAAACAUAAAAAAAGGUCAAGUGCAAAUUAAAAAAAAAAAAAGUAUUCUUAAUAGAACAAAAAACGUCAGCUAAUUAUUAGAAAUAUUAGAGAUUUCAAAUAUUAAAAACAAAAAACAAACCAAUUGAUCCUAAAUCGUAUUUCUUAGGUAUUAAUCAAAUGAGUAAAAUAAACAAAUUUUUGUAUAUGGUAAAUGCGCCCCAAGUGCUUAAGCAACAACAACAACAAACACCCCAAAAACAAAAACAAAACUAAUGUUAAACAACAACAACCUCAACCAACAGCGAAUCGAGCAAUAUUAUCAAUAAUGAAUCAUUAAAUUGUUAAACGUUAAAGAUUAAAUGUAAUGUAAAAACACCAAUUAAAUUCAAAUAAAUCAACAAAAAACUAAAACACCAACGCUAGUAACCUGCCAACAAAAGACACCUACAACUCAUGCGGUGCCUGGAAAAAUACAUCAUCGCCUUACAACAAUCACCACAACAACAACAACCACAACAACAAGCAAGUGCCUCCGCCUCCCCAGAGGCCAGGGGAAUAGGAAUAGGAUCAGAAACAGACACAGACACAGGAACUGGACUGCGCACAGAGAGCUACUUGGGCAGCCGCUAACUCCUCCCAGAUAUCUUAUCUCGGAUUAAUCAUCACUCAACAGUAGCCGCCACGCCCCAUAAGCGGGUGGAUGGGGGAUGCGUUCUAUGAGUAGCGCGAACGCGAACCCAAAAACAACACCUUUAACUUCACCAACGAGCACAGCAGGAUAUGGAUAUACAUAUGAAGAAACUAACUAAACCACGCAUGGAGGAAUACGAGCGACGAAAGCGACGAGAACGUGAGAAAAUAGAACGGCAACAGGGGAUACAGAUCGAUGAUCGGGAGACGGCUCUCUUUAGCGAGCCGCGACGAUUGACGGAGGGAGAUGCAGAGAUUACGGCCGCCCUGGGGGAGUUUAUCGAUGCGAGGGUGUACAUCAAUCAGUCAACGGUGGGGAUUAGUCGGCACGCGCCCGGCGCCGGCAAUCCGCGUCUGCAGGCACCGCCGCCGCCGCCCAAAACUCUCGGCCAUUCCCACUCACCCUCCUCCUCCGCGUCCGCCUCCGGCUCAGCGCUGCCCGGCCAGAGCCAGCAGCAGCAACAGAAGCCGCACUACCAGCAGCAACAGCAGCAGCAGCAGCAACGACCUCCAGGCUAUCUGAAGCAGGCGGACAACAAGCCGCCGUACAAUGGACGCGGCGGCUACCCAGGGCAGCCGAUGAAGAACGAUAUACCCUCGAGUAGUGGCAUGGCCCCGCCUCGGGGACCGCCCAGAUCUGGUCCUGGCUCCGGCUCCAACUCCAGCAGCAACUCGUCCAGCGCCACAAACAAUGCCACCGGCGGAGCCGCCGGCACGACUCCCCUGGGUCCGCCCCUGUCCACGCAGAUGCCCAAUGGGCGGGAGAAAUCAUUUCUGGGACCACCGGCGCCAGCGCUGCACAACGGUGCUGGACUCUUUGUGCCUCCAGCGGCAAGCAAGCGGCCCAGCAGCGGCCCCGGACUGCAGCCGCCCCCGCCAGAGAAGGACAUCAGCAAGAUGAUCAGCGAGAUGACGAACAGCUUUCGUGUGACGGCACCACUGACGUCGAUAGCGGCCACACCGCACGCUCCGACGCGAGAGAACUACAACCUGAACGGUCCCAACACAAACAAAUAUGCCUUUGGGCCGAUUGGCUCACCGCCCAUCGGCUCCCAGCCCUCGUCCCUGAUGACACCGCUGUUCCCGCCCAUUGCGCCCAUUGCCUCGCCCAUUACCUCCCUGCUGACGACACCGCCGCACGCUAGUCAGCUGCCCCAGGGCGGCGUGAGCCCCGUGGCGCCAAUGCAACAACUGCCGCCGACACCGCCCAAGGCUGCGUCCGCACUCUCACCGCAAGCAGCGGCCAAGCCGCUCAAGACGGAGAAGAAUCACACGCUGGAGAAGCAGGACUCAUGCCUCGAGAACGAUCUGGAGCUGUCCGAGUCGGAGGACGAGCAGCGCAAGAAGGAGAGCAGAUCGGCGGGGAAUAGCAGCAACAGCUCCGAGUCGGAUUCCAGCGAAUCGGGCAGCGAGUCUAGCUGCAAGGGCGAACAUCAGCAGCAGCCACAUCUCCAUCACAAUCAUCACCAGCAGCAGCAGCAGCAGCAGCAGCAACAGCAACAGCAACACCUGCAACAGCAGCAACAGCUCCUCCAGCAGAAGCAGCAGCAGCAACAGCUCCUUCAGCAGCAGCAGCAGCAACAUCAGCGACAACUGACGGCGAAUGGCAGCAAGAAAAAGUACAGCCACUCCAUCAUUGCUGGCGGUGGAAGCACCAUAAGUGGACUGCUGACUUCGAGUGGAUUUGGCAGCGGAGGAGGUGGCAAUGGCGCAGGCACCACAGUGAGCACUGGCGGUGGGAGCAGCGGAUCGGGCGGUGGUUCAGGCAGCGGCUCGGGCAUUGGGACCAUGAGCAGCGGCAGCUCCUCGAACAAGACACCCUCGCCCACGGAGAGCAACAAGUGGACGCUGAGUCGCUUCUUUCCCAAGCCCGCCAAUCAGACCAGCUCGGAGAGUGUCUCGCCGGGGAAUGUGAGCAUGAAGGUGCCUGGCAUACUGCCGGGCGGUGCUCAGAUCAUACCCGAGUCCAUUGAGGUGACCACGGCCAUUGUGAAGAACGAGAAGAUCCACGACGAUCACAUGGACAUGGACGAUGUCGAGGAGGAGGACGAGGAUGAGGAGCAACUGCAGCAGCAGCAGCAACAGCUGCGCUACGGCGCCGGACUGAGCGUCACACCCGUGGCGGUGGCCGUCAAGAAGGAGGCUCUGGACGGUGUGGGGGAGUUGGGCGGUCUGCCGGCAAUACCAAAAAAUCAGAUAAAACGGGAAGCGGAAGCCCUGCACUCCGCGGCCGUCGCCGCCGCCGCCGCAGCCCGUCUAUCGGACUCCGGGACCAGUGGCAGCGUCAGCAGCUCCAGCAGCAGCAGCAGCUCGGACAGUGCGCCCGGCGAGGUGGUGCCGAUGCCGGGACCAGGCGAGACGCUGCAGCUGCCGGGCGUGCCUGCUGCCAUUACGACGGUGAUGCGGGUGCCUCCGACACUGAUGCAGAAGGCGCCACCGAAUAGUGUCACGCUCACGCCCAUUAUGCCGCUACCCGCCUCGCCCAAGCAGCGUCAGAAGAAGCCGCGCAAGAAGAAGCCCGCCACCAGUGCGCCCAUCCUUGACUCCAGCGACGAGGAUGAGCCGCCCACUGCCAAGCAUGUCCUGGAAUUGUCAGCAGCGGCAGUGGCUGCGGCGGCAGCUCAGGCUCAAGCGGCAACGAUUCCGCCGCUGGCCGUGAAGAAGGGACGUGGCAGGCCCAGAAAGCAGCAGCAGAGCGGCGGCAGUGGGAACCUGAGCAGUGCCUCGGCCGGCAGCAGCUCCCAGACCAAGGGACCCACGUUGACGGCCGCCAAGAAGCCGCUGGCCAAGGGCCUCGCCAUGGCCAACUCAAGGAAGCGCGAUCAUUCCAGCCAGAGCAGCUCCAACGGCAACACGCCCACAAAGAAGCUGGCCAUGGGCACGGGAGCCAUGACUGGAGCAGCCAUGACAAUGCCCCUGGCAGUGAUGCCUUUAGGUUCGGGGAAUGCUGCCAGCAGCAGCUCCGACGAGGACAGCUCGUCAAGCAGCAGUUCCACUGGCUCCAAGUCGAGCAGCUCAUCGAACAGCAGCGACGACACAGAGACCACCAACCAGAACAUAAAGUGUCGCAUUGUGAAGCUGAACAAAACGGGCGCAGUGCCGCCACAGGCACGCUUGGGAGUGGGUGCCAGUGCGAGUGCGAGUGCGGGAGGAGCUAGUGGGAGCAGCUCACCGAGCAGCGGCAUCAGCGAGCCAGGGGAUCAUCAUCUGGCCAUGAGCACGGUCAGCGCUUUGCCCAUGGCCCAGCAGUUGAUGCAGCCGCACAAGCCGCGAGCCAGCGUCAGUCAGCACAGCCAGCAGCUGAGCAGCUCCGAGUCGUCCUCGUCGAGCGGCAGCAGCACCAGCGGCGACGAGGAUGAGGCCAAGCGGGAGAAGGAGCGAGAGCGCAAGCGGAAGAGCGACAAGAACAAAAUCAACACGCUGACGCGCAUCUUCAAUCCCAAGGAGGGUGGCGCCAAGAAGCAGGGCCAGGUGGUAAUUAUGGACCAGUCGGAGGAGCAGCAACAAGUCAGCAAGGCUGUGGACUCCGCCUCCCAGCCAGUGCCCAUGCAGCCGGCGGCCAAGCCCCGCAUGACGCCCACGCAGCAGCUGCAGCAACUGGGCGCAGGCCUCGCCUCCCCGGCACGCACCACGACGCCUCAUCUGACAUCGCUGAUAUGCAAGAUUGACCUGAGCAAGCUCUCCCGCGAGCGGAUAAUGCGCCUGAAGAAGCUGACACCCUCCCAGCAGAAUGGACACUUGACGCCCAAGGAUCUGGGCACGACACAGCCGCAGGUGCAGGUACAGUCAGUGCAGGUUUCGGCGCCGCAUUUAACACCCAACGGCUAUGCCGGAGAUGGGCAGGGACUGCCCGCAAAGGUGAAGCACGAGCAUGCGCAUGCGGUCAAGCCAGAGCCAGAGCUGGAUGCCGGCUACGAGAGCAAGUUUAAGCCCGGCAAUGUGAAGCAGGAGUUUCAGCUUAAGCAGGAGCGAGAACGAGACCGAGAGCGAGAGAGGGAGCGAGAGCGGGAAAGGGAACGAGAGCGAGAACAGCCAGCAGGAGGAGGGCGUCGGCGCAAGCGCAGCUCUAGCUCCAGCUCCAGUCCGUACAAGGAGAAGAAGCGGAAAAAGGAGAAGUCCGACCAUCUGCCGAUCAGCAAGGAUCAGCUGCUGCCUGUGCCUGUUCUGCUGCCUUCCAACAAUCACGAGCGAAUGUCCUGCCACGAGCGGCUGUCCUUUGACAAGCUGCAGCUGCUGCACGAAGACGCUGCUGCUGCCGCAGCCGCCGCAGCUGGUGCUGUCUCUGCCCCGAAUGGCAGUCCCAGCAAGAAGCUGCUGGCCAUGUCACCGCUACCGCCUCCACCAACAGCCGCCGCAGCCGUGCCCCUGCCCAUUGUGGCGCCCACCACAUGCAGCGAAGCUGUGCAGACAACGCCACCGUCGACAGUGGCCACAGCCACAGCGGCCACCUCGACGACGGGCAACUCCACGGCACCACCAGCGCCCAUCAUGCGUCCCAUAUACCGCUCGUACUUUGAUCGUGAGGAAGAGCCGCACAGCGAUGAUCACAGAAAAAACAAUCAGUUCCUCUCGGAGGCCGUCACGCGGAAGCAUGCCGCCGACUCGGAGCGCGACUCCUUCAAUCAGGUUACCCUCUAUUUGGAGGCCGUUGUCUACUUCCUACUCACCGCCGAUUCCAUGGAACGCUACAGCUCGGAGCAGGCCACAUGGACCAUAUAUAAGGACACCCUGUCGCUAAUUAAAUUCAUUUCCUCUAAGUUUCGUCCAUACCAACAGUCAACGAACGGACAGCACGAAACGCACAACAAAGUGGCCAUACUCAGUUUGCGCUGCCAGUCGUUGAUAUCGCUAAAGCUGUACAAGCUGCGACGAGCCAAUUGCCGCACUGUGAUCAACAGCUUAACGGAGUUCUUUCGCACCGGCAGGGGGGACAUUGUCAAUGGCAAUACGCCAUCCUCCAUAUCACCAUCGAACUCGGUGGGCUCACAGGGCUCCGGUUCGAAUACGCCGCCAGGUAAAAUAGUGCCUCAAGAAAUACACACACAGCUGUGGAAGCAGAAUGAGUAUCUGACGUAUGUGAAUAGUGCUCACGAGUUGUGGGAUCAAGCCGAUCGUUUGGUGCGCACAGGCAAUCAUAUAGAUUUCUUCCGUGAACUGGACCAUGAGAAUGGCCCCCUGACGCUGCAUAGCACCAUGCCUGAGGUGUUUCGGUAUGUGCAGGCGGGCCUCAAGACGCUCAGGGAUGCUGUAUCGCAGCCGGGGCAACAGACGCAGCAUCAGUCGCACUAGCGGCAGCAGGAACAGCCGCAAAGGGAACGAAAGCGGAAAAGGAAAUGGAAGCAGAAGGAGCAGGAGCAGGAGCAGGAGCAGCAGAACCACCACCAAACGUGUCUAAAUGAAAGUCAGGCCAAAUUUGCAACUAUUAUACACUACAAGCUACUAAUUUAGUUAAUCAAGCAAACACCUACACUACACUACACAACAUUACACUACACCACACACGGAACGAAACUAAAUGGAAUAAUCCAAGAACCUUCCAGCAGAACAGCAAGAAGCGAAUCAACCCCAAAUCAACCACAAUCAACCCAACCAACAGCAACACAACAAUGAUGAUUUGUUAAUAUAAUUUAUAGUUUUAUAUUGUAUGUAUGUAUGUAUGUAUGUAUGUAUGUAAUUUGUAUAUGCACAUCAAUUACUUAUUUCCUUAUGCUCAAUUUUCGAUUGUUUUGUAAGCAUGUUAAGCUUUAUAUUUAUGCUUAGUUUUAAUUGAUAUUACCACACACACCACAACACACAUACACAUACACAUACACAUACACACAAACACACACACACACACUAAAAGUUAUAUUAGGUAUAUGUCUAGACUGUAAGCUCAACCCAACCAAC